AGGCAAUACCCUUUUUCAUUGAUGUACCUGGAUCUGGAUGAGGUCAUCUAUCUGUGGUUUACAUGAAGAUUUUAUUUUUAUUUAUUUUUUUAAUAGUGCAAUAGCUAUGUAUGUGCUAUGUUCAACUAGCCUAGCAGCCUCAGAAAUGAGAGUGAAUUUAAACACAUGACAUAGAUAGAAUUGUACUGAUAGAUACACAUAAUAUAGUUUCUAGCCUAGGACUUGGCCUAGUGGAUCCCCUUCCCUCCCUGAAUAUUUAGAAUUAUUUUGGAAUCUAUCUGCGUGACUAAGGUAUCAUUCCUGUUUUGCUUCCCUAAUGUAGUUUGUAUUCUUGUUUCCUUUUUUAAAUGGCACUAGUAUGAUGCAACUUGAAUCAAUGUAAGUUGGCAAAUGUAUUAGGUUUCACUGUAUCGUAUUUUUGAGAAAUUACUUCAGGCUGGUGUUGUGUGUGGGUCACUAGCACAGUUUAUACACUGCUUUACGUCCUUUCCCAGCCAGGAUCCUAGGCUUUCUGAUGUGUCCUCUACUAUUCUGAGGUCACUGGUAACUGGAUAUCACCUUGGCUUAUGUGUGCUCUGGUGCUCCAGGAGUCUUUUUUUUUUCUCAUCUGUAACCUGUUCUUGCAAAUGCUUUUUGCAAACCUGAAUAUAUCUUCUUUCUCUUUCUGUAUUUGGGCCUGUGCUGAAGUCCAAAGGUUUCUUACACCUCAGCUUCAUCCUAGUGUGCAACAAACCAUCAUCUGGAGUUAGGAGAACUGGGAAUUAUGAGAGACUUGGCACCAAAGAUAUGGCAGCUCGGGAUCACCAGAGUGCAGCCCUGUUUGCGUAACAGACUUCUGAAGGACUUGAAAUAGACCUUCAGGUAGGAGAAGAAUAUACUGCAGAAAGUUGGCUGGACAGUGCUAGCUUUGAAUUGUUCAGUGUAGCGAACGCAGAUCUCAAGAGGAGACUGUAGAGCAGAGGAGGCUUCAUAUGUAGAAGUGCGUGAACCAGGACCUGGUCACAUAGCAGAAGCCCUGCUAGGUGUCUGCCUAGGUCUGCAGAUUCGUGCUCUGGAGUCUGAGUCCUUGAGAGCCAGCUCCCUUCAGUCCCAAGCACAGUUAGAGUUUCAGCAGCAGCUAGAUAAAGAAGGCAGACUUGUCUUCAUUUGCAUUAACAGCAAGCCAAGAUUUGUGCAAGUAGAGUUUGCAUUUGUUGCCAAUGCUGACUGCUGCCAACAGAGAAAAUUCUAAAUAAAUGUAAAAUACAUUUUCCUUCCUCCAUAAGGCCACCAACCUCUUUGUCUGUAAUAGUAACCAUCACCUGUGAUCUCCAGUAAUACUCCUCUUUCUCUAAUAUUAUCCCAAAAUGAGGGAACCACUCCUCAGUCUUGCUGCCAUGUACUUGCUGCUGCACUCUGCUGAUCCUCCAGGUACUAAAAUAAAUGCUCACCCAUGAGCCAGGUCCCAGUCACAGCAAAUCAAAAAAAAAAAAAAAAAACUGUAUCCUAAUGAGAAAGAGCAAACAGCAGUAUAGCAGAAUACAGCAGUAUUAAAGCUAACCUAAUUAGGAAAAUCUUGCUCAACUCCAUGUUGUUAUUUUUUCCUCUUUUACCAGUUUCAAACAUUUUGUGCCUUAAAUUAUUUCUUAGCUUCUCUGCUAAAUCUUGCUGAAGUUGCAGUUUGUAAAAAAAAAAAAAAAAAAAAAAAAAAAAAAAAAAAAAAGACUAUGAACAGUGCUUUGGAGAUGCAGCAAAUCUUGGAUUACAGGUAGAGGCACUGCUGUCAGGAGGCUGUUCAGAGAAAGGUACAAAUCUUCACCUGGAGAAGAUGUGAAAGACCAUUCUGUUUUGCUGACUGCUAUGACAGAGCUCUCAUUUUACAGAGGAUUUCUUUGCCUAAUUCUCCGUAUGAUGGAAUGAAUCUUUUCGUGACCAGCAUGGAUAUGAGAACAUUUUCAAGAUGGUUAAGAAUUGCGAUGAGGAGCAAAGUGAAAGGACAAGAAGGAGCAUCCACUUCUAUUGACAUCUAAGUUAUAUGUUGACAGUAUGGUUUCCUGACAGAAGAGUGUAUUAUAUUUUUUAACUGCAAAAUCUUUAUUAAAUGUGUCAUCAGUGCUGGUUUACAAAAGAUGAAAAGGGUCCCACUGUGGAGCAACUCAGUGAAGCUCAAAAUGUAUGCCAUUUCUGAUGUGCGCUUCCUGGUUAGGACAGGUUUCUUGUGAUUUCUAAACUUGGUACUGUAGAACUCAGGUGGACAAAAUAAAACGAGAACAAACUGAUUUUGGAAAACAAAAUGCCACGGAAAAGAAAAACUGGUGGGAGUCCCUCUCGGAAAAAUGGGAAUUUUGACAGAACUGUUCUUGCUGUAUCCCCUCAAGGAGACCUAAGACCUUCAAUAUCACAAGCGAUGUACAGUGUCAAUAAGGAAGAGCUCUUCAACAGCAUGUCAGAAAUGUUUUCUGAUCUGGAUCCUAGUGUGGUUUAUAUGGUUUUAUCUGAAUGUGAUUUUAAAGUAGAACAUGCUAUGGAUUACCUGCUAGAGCUGUCCACCCAUGCAAAAGGAGUAGCAUCUUCAGAAAUCUCAAGUUUUGAUUCAGUAGUAUCAUCAGUAGCUCUUGUUAAUCAGCAGAGGUCUGUUGUAAGUGAAAGAGUGGGGGAAAGUACUGCAGAAGAAAAAAAUUCUGAAGAAACAGAAGAGGUCCUGUCACAUGAUGUACAGCUAACUGAAGAUUUGGAUUCCUUAAUAGAGAAUGCUUUUGUGAGAUACAGCUUUGGUGAUGAAUUACCUAAUUCUACAAAUGACCAAAUCGUACAUAAACACUCUGUGGAACAUGACAAUUCUAGUGGCUUUAAUGAAUUUUCUGAGUGGGAAAAACCUGAUUCAGGUUGCAAUGCCCUGCUAUUUCCACAGCAAAUGGAGACAAAUGAGAACUUAGAAAAUUUCUGCUCUUCUCAGCCACCUAUGAGUGAGCUGAGCAUCCACACAAAAGUUAGUUCACCAGAUGAAUUGGACCCUUUUGCACAGAUGCUGGAAGAUCCUGGCUUGUCGGAAAUGCUUGUUCAUGAUGUAGCUCCAGAAGUCUAUGAACAAUCGAGCGGAGGCACAUCAUGUGGAAAUUCUGAUCAGACACAAAAUACUGUUUCAGACUAUGAAAAUGUGACUGCAGCUUCUGGUGUGUCCUUCCAGAGACCUGUGGAAUUUACAAUAGCUGUCCCUGAAAAUCCUAAUUCAAAGUGCCUGGAACAGCACAAAGAGGUAAUGACUGCCUGUAACAGCCACCAGAGCACUUUUCUCCCGGAGGUGAAUGUCUUUUUUGAAAGAACCAAUUUCAGAACACCAAAACUAGUAGAUUCUCAGCAAUCUCAUCAGGGAUAUAACUUAAAUUUUUCUACACCAUCAUGUCAAACUCAGCAACAUUGGAAUAUCAUGGCUCCCCAUUUUUAUCCAUCCAGUGGAAGUCACAGCUUUGUAACUCCUGUGGCUGUUAGUCCAGGCCAGUGGAGACCUGUUUCAGACUAUAAGACUUUUGAAACAAAAGGACAUUUUUUUUCCUCUCCAGUGGUUUCCAAUGCCUGGGAUACCAAUCCUUCUCUGAAGGUAUGGGGAAAUCAAGAUAGAAACUCAAAAUUGAACCACUCGCAAGCACAGCAGCCACCUGUUUGUCACAUGAUGAGAAAAAAGAUGCACCUUGUAGGUCAAGUACUUGUUCUUCUCAGAGGUGUUCCAGGAUCAGGAAAAACAUUUUUGGCAAGGGCUUUGCUUGAGGAUAACCCAGGUGGAAUCAUUCUUAGUACUGAUGAUUACUUUUGUAAACACGGACGCUACCAUUAUGAUGCCAGUUGCUUAGGGGAAGCACAUGACUGGAACAGGAAACGAGCCAAAGAAGCAUUUGAAAAGAGAAUGUCUCCUAUAAUAAUAGACAACACAAACAUACAAGCAUGGGAGAUGAAGCCUUAUGUUACUUUGGCUCAGCAAUUCAAAUAUAAAGUCAUGUUCCGAGAGCCAGACACUUGGUGGAAGUUUAAACCAAAAGAACUUGAAAGGCGAAAUGUUCAUGGUAUAUCUAAAGAAAAGAUCAAAAGAAUGUUGGAACGAUAUGAACGCUGCCUUUCUGUUAGUUCAAUCCUGAAUUCUUCAAUCCCAGACAAAUCAGAAGCUGCUGGAUGGAGUGAAGAUUCUUGUCAGGAAGAAAGCUCUAGAGAGACUCAAUCUGAUGUAAAGGAAGAAAGAUCUUUUGCUUCUAAUCUGGAGCCUCUUGAACUGGAGCCACUUGAACUAGCUGAAGAUAAAAAACUCUUGUAUGCUGGUACUUCAACAUUAGAAAAUAACUCUGCUCCUGAAAGUUUUCAGAAAGAGGACAAAGGACUGGAAAAGAACUCAGCAGAACACAGUUCUGGAAACAACACUGUUCAAGAUGACUUGAAUAUCUGUUUGUCAGAUUAUGAAGCAAAAGUACUGCCUUUGGAGAAAAAAGAAGAAAAAGGAGAAAAAAUAGAACAGAUUACUGAAACAGAAAUGGGUGAGGUUGAUGUGACCAGCUCUGAAGGGCCUGUAUGCUUUGAUAUGCCUUUUUCUGAAAGAGCUGAAGAACAUAGCGAUAACAGUGUUGUCAAAGUUGAAAUUGAACAAUAUGGUGAAAUACAUACAGAACCACAAUUAACACAAAGAAAUAAUGUUGUUGAACCAAACAGUUCAGCUUUGGACACACCAGGAAAAACAGAGUUACUAAACUUUCUGGGGGAUUGGCCUGUAGGACAAACAAUGGGACAGAGAGUCAAAAGACCUAGAAGACUAGAAAAAUCCUCUUUGAAGAGUGAUAAGGAAUGUAAAACUCCCAGUCAGCCUCCUCUUGAGUUAGGAAAGGAACAAGUGGGCCUACCUGAUACCUGUACUAUUGAAAAAGGACUGGAGGAAGAAAAUUUGUCUGUUAGUUCAGAUAUAAUUUCACCAGAAUUGCAAAUGGUAGGACAUUGGCCUCUCUCAGGCUCUUUAGAACAGAGACAACAAAGGUCAAGGAGAAUGAGAAAGACAAGUCUAAAUCAAUUGGAUGAAGAUAGAAGUGCUAAAGGUGACGUGAUUAGAAAUGCUCUUGACACAGUAGAUGUGCUUCGCGGAACACCAGGGAACACCCUGGAGCUGCAGGAUACAGAGAAGUUACAUUUUCACCAGCCUGAAACAGUAGCUAGUGAAACAUUCGGUGAGAAGAAAACCCAGCAAAAUAAGAGAACGAGGAAACAUCAUAAAUUAGCCCUUACUUUUACAAACAACAAUUUGCCUCCUCCCAAAGCAGAGGAGCAGUUGUCUGUGCCUAAUUCCACAGAAGAGAAACAUGACACAAGCUCAAGCAGGCAAGUGAAUAGCUAUUCGCAGACUGAAUCACAGGAUUUUGCUCUCCUGUGGAGACUAGAAAAGAAAAUGCUUUUUCCUGAGACUACCAAAGUGUUGCAUGGCAGACUAGACGGCUUCAGACCCAAAGAUGUGGACAGUACCUCAGAUUCUCAGGAAAAAAUACCUUAUCGAGUUACAUAUGAUAAAAGUACCUUUGUGGAGGAAAGUGAACUUAGCAAUAUUGAUGAGUCUGAAAAGUUAAAUAUGCUGUGCAAGCUCUUUGAGUCCCUUUCAGUUGAAGCUCUGAAAGAUUUGUAUGAAAGAUGCAAUAAAGACAUUGACUGGGCCACAGGUCUGCUGUUGGACUCUGAUGAAAAGCUAUGCAAAGAUGUUGAUACUGAAUGCUUGCAGGUAAGAGAAGCUGAGACAGUUGUCACAGACCUUGAUUUCAAGGCAAAUGCAGACUGUGGUGAGAAUCUCAAAAAUUCCAAACAAAUCCAGCAAAUAACUGGGGCUGAAGAUAUUUCUGAGCCUUCAGAAAACAAGAACUCAUCAAUCAGCAUUGCAGAUGGUAGGAGUACCAAUGCAAUUGUGACAGAUGCUAAUGUAUCUGAGUCAUUAACUACUGUCUCCAUGAAUGAUUCAGUGGAACACGAAAAUUCAGAUGAUACAGCUCUUAGAAUUGAUACAGUUAGCUCAGCAGCAGGUAACACUGAGCAGCCUGUUUCAGAAAUACAGGAAAUAGACAGGCAACCUGUGAGUACUGUUGAGGAAACGAAAAAUAAGCAAUCAGGUUCACAGCUUGAUGUAGGUUUGUGUGUACCUGUGACUUUACCUCAUGGUCUUAACGCAACUUCUACCAAUUUGAAAUUUAAAUUAAAUAAUGAAAAUGACAACCCUUCAGAAAGCUAUACAGAGAAUGGCAAAGUAAAUAAUACAACUACUUUGUUACUGGAAAUGGAUCAAACAUCUCAGAAGGAUCCUACAAGUGAUAAAGAACUGGAAUCUGAUAAAGAAACUCAGUGGAGUUCCAGGGAGAUAUUUGUUAAAGAAGAGAGUGAAACUCCAAAUCAGGAUGAGGAUAGAACCAAGAUACAAAACCCUUUACCAGUACCCUCUGUAGCCUUCAAUAUAGAUUGCCUAGAGCUAACACUACCUCCUGAACUGGCACUCCAACUGAAAGAGAUAUUUGGGCCUGUUGGCAUUGAUGCAGGAUCACUUACUGCUGAGGACUGUGUGGUUCAUAUUGAUCUGAAUUUGGCAAAAGUGAUUCAUGAGAAAUGGAAAGAAUCUAUUCUGAAGCGUCAGAGGAGAGAAGAUGAAUCAUGCAAAUUGUUUGCAGAAGGUCCCACUCUGAAUCAGCAGAUAGAUACAGAUGAUUCAGAAAUGCAGUUAUCUCAGAACACAGAGAGUAAAAUGCAGAAGAAAAAAUCAGGCUGGGUUUCAGACUCAUCUAAUGACAUUCACACCAAAAAAUCAGCAACAUCAGAAGUCUUUCCUUUUAUGGAUCACUGGAACGCACAGAUUCAGAAAGUUUCUCUCAGACAAAUAAUAUCCGAAGAAAUAGCCAUGCAGGAGAAACAGGAUCUCAAAAGUGUUCCUUUUGUGGCAAGAAAAGACUGUGCUGCCAAGCUAAAGGAGAAGCAACUUUUUGAGAUGUUCCCAACCAUUAACCAAAAUUUCUUAAUGGAUAUCUUCAAGGACAACAACUAUUCUUUAGAACAGACUGAACAGUUUCUGAACUGUGUUUUGGAGGCAGAGCCUGUAAAAACAGUUAUAGCUCAAGAGAGUGUUCAGCAAAAUGAAACUGUUCCUUUCUGCAGUGCUGCAAAGAACCGUGAGAAGAAGGCAAAAAAAAGUAAGGAAGAGGAUGAUGCUCUGAGUGAAAUGAUGUUCCAAGACUUUGAGUAUCCACAAUAUGAUGAUUUCAGAGCAGAAGCUUUUCUUCACCAACAAAGGAGACAGGAAUGUUUGAAAAAGGCUGGGGAGGCAUAUCGCAUGGGUAUGAAACCUGUGGCAGCGUUUUAUGCACAUCAGGGUCGUCUUCAUGAGCAGAAGAUGAAAGAAGCCAACCAUGCUGCUGCUGUGGAAAUCUUUGAGAAAGUAAAUACUUCCCUGCUGCCUAUGAAUGUGUUGGAUCUGCAUGGUCUUCAUGUGGAUGAAGCUGUGAAUCAGUUGUCCAGAGUGCUGCAGGAAAAAAGUGAAGAGUACCAGCAGGCUGGUGGUAAACCAUAUCUCUGUGUGAUCACGGGAAGAGGAAGCCAUAGCCAGGGAGGAGUUGCUCGCAUCAAACCAGCAGCUAUCAGAUACCUCACAAGCCACAACUUCAGGUUCACAGAAAUAAAACCAGGCUGCCUGAAAGUCAUGCUGAACUGAAGGAUUGUUGUGAAGAGAAAAGGAAUAUAGAAAUUGAGGUGUCAGAUGACAGCUAACAACUUUUUAAACAACUGCAAUAGUAUUUUGUAAUCUGUUUAAAGGACAGUAUUUUAUUAGGAUUUGUUUCAAUUUACAAUAAGUGGUUUUGUCAGUAUGUUUCCAAGAAAACUUGGAUGUGGAAUGGAUCUCCUGCAAAAAGAUGGUGCUUAGAGGAUUUGAAGUCUCAGAAAUGCAGAUAAGAAUUCUAAUGAGCAGUGUAUAAUGUUUUAAAGGGAAAUUAAGGUAUAGGUUUCAAAUAUAAUUGUCUUCUCAGCAUACAUGGCCUUUGACAAUCUCUUGACCCUCAUGUAUCUUAAUUGCUGUGGAUUCCAUGCUUGUGAAACAUAGUACCUCGUGGGAGGUUAUCUUGUGAUUAGCAACAUUGCGCUAGGCCCUUCAAAAGAUAGAGGAGGCAGGAACUAAGCAACUACUGAUAUUUGAAAUCCAAUGAUGGGUUAGUGCUAAAUACUCCUAGGUUUCUUUCAAAAAUCUGAUAUUGUAUUUUCUGUGGUUAUUUUCUAGUAGAAUAGGCCAGUUCUGUUGUCUUUAUUCUAUUCUAAACUCCCUGAAAUUCAUAGAAGUUGCAUUUAAAGGACUCUACAUUAAGACUAGCUGUGCAUUAGGUAAUUUUACAGACUUACUGUGAUCCUUUAAAAAGGAAAAUAUAACACGGUAUUUCCCUCUCUACUUACACAUAGCUAAUACUCUAAAAUUUUAAUUUUGCAAGAAA